AUAGAAACGAAGGGACAAACAUGACAAAUAAUUGUAUCCAAGAAGUGAGCGGAAAUAGAGAAGGAGAAAGAGCAGUGGAAAAUAUAGAUGAAUGUCCCGUAAGAAUCAUGAAGCAACUUUAUGACAUUGAAUGUUUCAGGAGGAUAAGGAGAGUGGAGUAUGAGUACAAAACGGAGAAGAUCGAAAAGUCUCUGGUUAAAUUCAAAUGUGAACACAUUAAAAGCGAGAUAACUAUAAUGAAUGAAGUGCUGCAGAUGGAAGACUAUCCAAAGCCUGAAUACUUAAGGAUGAUGAUGUUGAGGGCAAGCUUAAAUGCGUAAUACAAGAACUUGACGAUAUGAUUUAUUUCAAGUUACGACCACAUUUGACAGAGUUUAUUGAUCCCCACGAGUGGCUUCGACGGCAUGAAUCUUCUUAUGAUUCCAAGCUUGGUUUAAUGCAAAAGGAUAAAAUUGAAGUUUCAAAAUGGUUGUCUGGCAUUGCUAAGAGGAUGGAGAAAAUCAGGAUGUUAGUUUCCCAAUUCACCCCCCAGCCCCCCGAGUAUCCAUCAAUAAACUACGAGAGUAAAAUCUGGGAUGAGAAAAGGGUAUCAAACACGAGUGCAUGCAAUGAUAUGUGCAUUGAAGAGAGCCUGCUGAUAUCACCCAUGAUUGCCUCUCUCAAGAAGAGUUACGACCAUCUUCCUACCAAUUUGAAGCUCCGCUCGCUCUGCCUUGCCGCAUUUCCUGAGACCUUCCUCAUCAACAAAAUGCCACUAAUCUAUUGGUGGAUGGCAGAAGGCUUCAUCACUGAGACUGAAGAAGAAGAAGAAGAAGGAGGAGAAGAAAACUUUAUGGAACUCAUCCGUCUCGGAUUUAUACAACCAUUUUAUGAAGAUGAGGCUAAAAGGCUCAGUAGUCUGAGAGUAGUAGAUGCUUGUACAGUGCAUCCUUGGAUUCGAAGAAUGCUGGUUUCCAUUGCAAUGGACACCCAAUUUUUUGAAUUUUACGGCCUGGGGGGGCAGGGGCAGGAGAAGAACAAAAUUAGCACUAAUCCUGCAGCCUCAGAUUUUGUUGGCCGGCCAGCGCAUGCAUGUUUGUUUUGGGAUGAAGGCGCAGAAGAUGAAAACUACACUUUCAUGUGGAUAAUCAAGAUUCUACGGUGGAUAAAGCCUGUUCUCGUUGUGUGUGAGAAGGAAAUUAUUAAUAAAGAAAUUAAACAAGUCAGGAUCUUAGAUGAUGAUGAUGAUGAUGAUGAUGGCCUUGGGGUAAAAGGAUAUCGUCAUAUGCAAGAGGUUUGGGAUAUGCUUUUUGCUUUUCGAUUAUUGAUUUUGUGUGUAAGCAAGCUGGUGGUGUAUGAACUGAGUAACAGGAUAAGCCCUUGGAGAAGCUAACAGAAUUGGAGACUCAUAUUCAUCUAAAUAAAAAAGAUGUUCAAGUUUUGUUUGAGAAGCAAAACAAAAUGCAGAGUGAUCUUAAUAAAGUAUUGAUGUGGGCAAAGGAGCAGGUUCAUGUUCUAGAGAUGCAGGUGUACCACAGAAAAAGGAACUGCCACGAGUUGCAGCGCACAAGAGAACAACUAUUUGCCCGUUAUGACCUUAGUGGUAGCAGCAGCAGCAGCAGUGGCCCCCUUCAUCGUCAGUGCGGGGGUAAAGCACCACUAUUGGACAUCAUUAAUGUUAACCAAGGUUACCUAAAUUUGGAGGAGCUGCUACUGUUUUGUGGGAAAUUAAAUAAGCUUCGAACCCUUCACUUGGGGACGUGGAAUCAUCGUCAAUAUACCACUAAAAUUGAAAAUAGUUUGGUGUUGAAUGCCCUGUUCCAAGUAGGCAGCUGCAAGCACUUGAAAUAUCUAAGCCUCAGAGGAGUUGAAGGAAUCACCUCAUUGCCUCCCUCCAUAUCUAAUUGUUGCAACUUACAAGUAUUGGACCUCAGGAGUUGCUAUGAUAUUUAAAAGAGGUGCCUUCAGAGAUUGGGUCACUUUCCAAACUCACUUAUUUCAAUGUAUCAGGAUGUUCUUCGCAGCUUAAGCACAGUAGUUUAUGGGUGGUAGUUGCAAAACUUAUGUUGCUCCGAACACUAAAGGGUGUUGCUCUUACACAGCAAGAUGAUGCGGAUUUGAUCUCCCAAAUAACUCCUCACAACUUAAUGAAGUUGAGCAUAAUUGUUAACUUCAAUUUUAAUAAAGUUUGCAAUUUACAGAGGUUCUCUAAUCUUCAUGCUCUAAAAAUAACAUUGCCGUCGCUAGGAGGUGAUUUUUUAGUAUAUAGAUAUGGUUUUGAGCUUCCCCCACAGCUAAAGAAACUUCAGCUAAUAAGCUAUCCAGGUUAUCAGAAUUGGCCAGCUUGGCUCAAGAGGCAUCCUACCUUGGAAACACUUCGCUUCUCUUAUUCAUGGAGGAUUACGGCUUUUCCGGAUGAUCUUAUGCUACCCAAACUCCAAGUUUUGUGGUUGACAAAUGUAAGUGAGUUUGAAAAGUCAAUUAUGGAACUUGGGAUGCCUCGUUGGUUUCCCUCUCUCAGAGCGUUGUUUGAAGGUCCCGACGGUGAUCGCAUUUGGUGAUGGGCCACAGAUAACUCACCACUUAAUCCGAGUUUUUAUGUAUAUAUGCUAAUUUUUCAUGCUCAUUGCGCGAAUGGAAUAAUGCUCAACGUAAGUUUG